GCAGACGUCCCGUGUUUUGUUGCUGUCGGACGAAUGGGGCUAUGAGGAGAGAGUCGAUGAUGGCUGCUUCCUUGGUGCGGUGUUUAAAGAGGUUGUACGUUUUGUUUUUAACGUGUCCCCUCUGCGUCCCAGCGUUCUUGAAUUUAGAAGAGCUCAAUGAGAUGAAGUAUGGCAUUCAAAUUCUCCCUGAUCCCGUCAUCAUGGGGCAGACCAAAACAGAGGAGGUGAUGAUGGUAUCUAGUAAAUACAAGCAGCUCUAUGAGUGUCGACUCCCAGCCCAGGCUGUCCGCUUUCAUCAGGACCCUGCCUCUGAGCCCGACUCCCAAGGAUACACUGGACCAGAUAUCCCAGACCUUCUCAGACCAAUGCACAAUGCUCCAUGUCUAGUGAAGACAAAGGACUGGUGGACAUAUGAGUUCUGUCAUGGUCAGCACAUCAGACAGUACCACCUUGAAGAUACGGAAAUCAAAGGGGACGUUCUCUUCCUCGGCUAUUAUGAGUCUGAAUUUGAUUGGAGCAAUGAAACGGCAAAGGCUUCCAAACAGCACAGACUGAAGCGAUACCACAGUCAGACCUAUGUAAAUGGCUCCAAGUGUGACCUAAAUGGAAAUCCCAGAGAGACUGAAGUUCGGUUUUUGUGUGAAGAAGGCUCGGGUGACUACAUUGCCCGAGUUGAUGAGCCUCAGUCGUGUCGGUAUGUGCUGACCAUUCACACCAGUCGCACCUGCCAGCAUCCAUUCCUGCGGCCACCGUCCACUGCGAAGCCACAGGGUAUCGUGUGCCAGCCAGCGUUAAGUGCCCAACAGUACAUGGAUUACGUCAAGGCUCAAGUCUCGGACACUAAGCGUAAAGUAGAGCAGAUCUCUGAGGAGCUGAGGAGCCUUGAUGAGAUGUUAGCUGGUAAUGAAGAGGCAGAUGGAGCAGUGGAAGUGACAGCUGAGACUUCACCUGCACCCAGCAAUGAACAAGACCAAAAAGAAGGUGCUGUUGAUGUAUUGGAAGAUGUAGGGUCGGAAGGAGCAGAAGAUUCUGAAUUCUGGGAGGGAGUAACAAAGCCAGGGAAUUCAAAAACAACAUCUUCUCAGACAGAUAAUCAGGCAGCAGAUGGAGUGCAUAACUCUGACAAUGAAGUCAUAGAUGAUGGCAUCGAAGUAGAAAAAUUCAACUUUAAAAUCAUCACUGACCCAGCAGACUUGAUGAAAUUUGUCCAACACCUCAAGGAGAGCAACAGAAAAAAAGCACAAAACCAAGGGGAAAAUACAGAAGAGAAAUCUCCGCCGGUAACGGCCAACGAGGAGGAGAAAGAUGAAGAUGAACAGCUGCUGGAGGAGUUUGAAGAUGAGAUGUCUGACCUCUCUGUGCCUUCUGAUAAGAUAGAAGAGAUAAAGGAGGAAAUGCAGAAGGAGUUUGACAACAUCAUAAAUGAGGCUCAGCAGGAAUUGGAGACAGAAGGUUUGAAAGGGGAGUUUGAUCGCACUCAUGCAACACAGACACUGGAGACAACACUGGAUAAGCUGCUCGAUCAUCUGGAGGAGAAAGACACUCAAGAUCCGGAGCAACAAGCAUCAGGGGUCCAAAGAGGCAGCGACCCAACCAGGGGCAGCCCCAGCCUGGCUCCAAAGCAGCCAGACCAAGCGGCUGAUGACCAUGUUAAGAUCAAAAUUACUAAGUAUAAGACGGGCAGCAGCCCUGAUGGGGAGGUCAAAGUUCAGGAGAUGGGCGAAGGAGAUCCCCAGUGGCAGCACAUAAAGGACGUGGUUAAGGAACAGCUAGAGAAGGCAGGACUGAAGGCCGAAGGUAAAAUUGAGGUGAAGAUUUUGACGCGGAAGAAUGCAGAGGAGGCGGGUGAUCAGUGGCUGACUGAAGAAGAUACAAAGUCCUUCAGAGAGCUGCUCAUAAAUCUCCUGACUGGAGGCACUGAAGAGAUUUACAAAGAGCAAAAGAGGCAGCAGGAGUUGGAAAACAACUAUAGGUUUGUGUGGGGAGAGUCCCAGGAGGAUUCCAAGUCGUCCAGCACCUCUGAUUCUGAUGAUAUGGACGUAUGAUCUCACUGGCCAACAUUCAGCGCUCCGUUUGUGACAUGAACUCUUGUAGAGAUCUGCAGGGAAGCAACAAAAGAGUCACUUAUUGUUGUUAAACCUGUCCGAUAAUAUCUACACAGCGGGUUGCACAAGCAGGAAAUGUGUCCAUGUCUCUUAAAUAGGCAAUAAUGUGUCUUCAACAGCCACCAUCAAUGUGUUGUUCGAAGAAAUGCAACAUCUUGGCUGUGCUCAAACAGCUGAAGGAAGUUUUUCCCCUUUUUGACAGAUGGCAUAGUUGAGUGACACACAUUUAUGUUAUGGAGAUAUUUUUUCAGUUUUGUCAUAUGCAUUUACAUCCAGAGCUGUAGGCAGCACAUUUUUUGUUUGCAGUUAAAUUAUUAUUUGCUUGUUGCCACUGGCAAAAGACGCCCUUGUGUGUAGAUUCCUCAGCUGUGGUAUUUUGUGUAUCUCAACAGGGGAGCUGAGUGAUUGCUCUACUCAAAAGUACAACACACAGUUGAGUACAAAGUGAAAAUCCACAUUCCACUUCCUGUUUGACUUUGCAACUGUCAAACACGCUUUGUUCAGUGUAUACAUCAUAAAUAAACAUAGAAAUUACACAAAAGGUUUGUACACACGCUGUGAGGCCUGAUAUUUAACACAAGGUUUAAACUCAGUUGUUUCAUAAAAAAGAUGUUUUCACUCGAUUAGUUUUCUGUGAAAGGAAAGUAAAACACUUAAGAGUGUUAUAAAUCUUUUGAUUGUGUUCUUCUUUUUUUUUUAAUUCACCUUAAUUUAGCAAAGGGACAGUGUCAAUCAGAUACCAAAUUCAUGAAGACAUGUACUUUAAGGGCUGAAUCUGUAUAGUUUGUGAAUAAUUGUCGCUACUCAACCCAACAUGUACAUAAUUAUUGUGUGAUGUGUUUUUUUUAUGAUGUGUUGUAUAUUAGCACAGAUGUAAGUGGGGAAAGACUUACCAGAGUAAACGUGUGUAAAGUUUC